CUUGACUCUUCACCAAUCACCACUUCAAACUCGUUCACUCCGUCUUCUUUGGUCUAGUUUUUCUCACACUUCUCAACUCUCGCUCUUCGCCACCGUCACUCUCCGGCCAACGGUCGCCGUCAUCCGAACUCGCACCGCCACCUGCUAACGAGUGCCGGCGGAGCAAUGUCGUUGAGAAAAUCACCGUCUCCGUCCCCGUGCUGCGGCGACAGUCACUUCGUGCUGCUGGUGCCUGUCCUGCUCGUUAUGCUCCACUCGCUCCUUCUGCUUCCUCAUUCCUCGCUUGCUAUUCGGCCUACCGAGUCGGAUCAGAUCGAACUCGCCAACGCGACCGAGUCCAACGUCUCUCUCUCGCGACCUCGUGAAGGAAGCUUUGCCGACAUAAUUGAUCGCGCGCUGGAGCACGAGUUCACCGAGAACGACCAGAACGAAGCGGCUGAUCCGGGAAGUUUCAACAACAGUGUAGCAGAACAACAGGCUGUUCUGGAAACUGUGGCACGAGUCACACCAAACAAGAAUGACACAAAGGAUGAAAAGUCAUUUCAACUACAUCAUGUAUUCAAUAGAGGUGAGGAUACCCCAAUGUUGAUAGAUCGGAAGGACAAUGUCUUUAUCAUUUCUAACUUUAAAUCCAAGUAUCCCGUGCUCCAGCUAGAUUUACGAUUGAUUUCAGACCUGGUAGUUGCUAUUGUUUCAGCAACUUGUGGGGGCGUUGCAUUUGCUUUUGCUGGACAACCGGUGAUAACCGGAUAUCUUCUAGCUGGCUCCAUAGUUGGUCCUGGCGGCUUUAACUUCGUCAGUGAAAUGGUGCAGGUGGAAACAGUGGCACAGUUUGGUGUAAUAUUUCUUCUUUUUGCAUUGGGCCUCGAGUUCUCCACAACAAAGCUUCGAGUUGUUCGAGCUGUUGCUGUUCUUGGAGGUCUACUUCAGAUUUUUCUAUUUAUGUGCAUGUGUGGACUUACUGUAUCGCUAUGUGGUGGUAAAGCUUCAGAAGGGGUUUUUGUUGGUGCUUUCCUUUCCAUGUCUUCAACAGCAGUGGUCCUGAAGUUUUUGAUGGAAAAGAACACCACUAAUGCGCUUCAUGGACAAGUCACAAUUGGGACCCUUAUUUUACAGGAUUGUGCUGUUGGAUUGCUCUUUGCAUUGCUUCCAGUUCUGGGUGGCACCUCAGGUGUUUUUCAAGGAGUGUUAUCAAUGACCAAGCUGUUGGUGACUUUGAUUGCUUUCCUCUCUGUUCUGACUAUAUUGUCUCGCACUUGCCUUCCAUGGUUACUUAAACUGAUGAUAAGCCUCUCAUCACAGACAAAUGAGCUCUAUCAAUUGGCGUCUGUUGCAUUCUGCUUGCUAGUAGCCUGGUGUAGCGAUAAGCUGGGACUAAGUCUAGAAUUAGGUUCCUUUGCCGCUGGAGUGAUGAUUGCAACCACUGAUCUGGCUCAACAUACACUAGAGCAAAUUGAACCUAUUCGCAAUCUUUUUGCUGCUCUUUUCCUUGCCAGCAUUGGAAUGCUGAUUCAUGUUCAUUUUCUCUGGAACCAUGUUGAUAUUUUGGUAGCAUCUGUAAUAUUGGUGAUUGUUAUAAAAACAAUCAUAAUUGCAUCUGUUGUGAAAGGAUUUGGUUACAACAACAAGACCUCAAUACUUGUUGGAAUGUCGAUGGCACAGAUAGGAGAGUUUGCUUUUGUUCUUCUAAGUCGUGCUUCAAACCUCCAUCUAGUUGAGGGUAAAUUAUAUCUGCUGCUUCUUGGGACCACAGCUCUUAGUCUGGUAACAACUCCUCUACUUUUCAAGCUUAUUCCUGCCGUAGUGCACCUUGGUGUGCUAUUGAAGUGGUUCUCGCCUGACAGUUCAGUGGAGAUAGGAUAUAAUAAGGUAGAUAGUCUCCGCUCAGACAGUGGUAAGCAGCGGGUAAUUUUGAUGGACCAAGAAUCACAUGACUCCUAAUCACUGCACAAAGGGAUUUCCAUUUUUGCAUGACCAUAGUUUUGACGGGUUUUCCAAGUGUUGUUGAACAAAUUUAAUCUAACUGCAAUUUUUCUCAAAUCAUGCAAAUCCAUUUGGCGAUGGAUGCUUGCAUACCAAACUAACCAAAUACUAAUCAAAACAACUCAUCUGAACCCCAAAAAUGGAAAGGACAGGGGAGAGGAACGAGAAAAGAUUGAAAGGGAGAGGACCGGUAAAAGAUUGAAAGAAACCUGACAAGACGGACAAAUGAAGGUACGUGGUAGGCAUUCUUUCCAGAACUCCAUAUACAUUUUUUUUUUUAAUUUGUGGCUGGAAGUGUUUGUAAAUGUAAGAUAUGGUUUGUAAUUUGAAUAGUCACUGUCCUUAUUUCUGUACGCGUAGUUUUAAUGUAUGAAAAGUUUCCUUUCUACCAUCUAGGCCAUCAGCUGCAUGGCUGGUCUUUGUAUAUCUUUUAGGCAAGGACGCAUCUGUGCUUUGAACAAAUCAAUUGAUAUAUGUGUAAGUGUGAAUAAAUUAUAGUAGAUGUCAUGUAUCAACUUUUCUUUGGUUA